AAAAUGCUCCCGCCGUCCCGCGUGCGAGCGCCUAUUCGUCGCGUGUCGGUCGGCUCCAAUAACGGAGAGACAGCACGGAGGAUGUCGGAGGCGGCGCAACCGCGGGCCGGUUCACAGCACCGCCCCUACCAGCAGGGAGAAAGAAAAGCAGCUGAACCGAGAAAGCGAACUAUCUCGUUUUCGUGCCCACCGUUCUUUGGGAUCAACUUUGCGAUGAGGAAGGCAUAACCACAUCGUGCAAAAGCCGAGAUUCCCUGGAGCCUGGGCUGCCCGGCCAUGCCAUUGCCAAAUCACUCCCGGUUUCUGCCCGCGGUGGGCUUGGAAUCUCCCGUCCCUUUCGCCAUAUACAAGUCAAGCGGGCAGUCCUCACUGUCCUCUGCCCCAGUUCUUGUGCGCACCACCUGUUCGAUGCAUUGCCCACAUGAGGCUCCCUUGCACUGGAGUCCUGGUCUUUUGUUCUCUCUGCGUCUUCCAACUGUCGCAUUCGUCGUCAGAUGAUAGCUUCACCAAGGUCAGGGCGGUGAACUUGGGAGGCUGGCUGGUGGUGGAGGGGUGGAUCAAGCCUUCUUUGUUUGAUGGCAUCCCAAACGGGGACAUGCUGGAUGGCACGCAGGUGCAGCUCAAGUCUGUUGCUCUACAGAAGUACGUGAGUGCAUACAGUGGUGGAGGCAGUAAUGUGACCGUGGAUCGAGCUGCUACUUCAUCGUGGGAAACUUUCAAGCUGUGGAGAGUUUCUGAUAGUGAAUUUCAAUUCCGGUGCUUCAAUGGCCAGUUCUUAACAGCAAGUAAUGGGGACACUAUCUCAGCAACUGCAGAUUCACCAGGAGACCCUGAAACAUUUUAUAUCGAAAGGAAUAAUACAUUGCUUCAUAUCAAGCUUCUAAAUGGGAACUAUUUGCAGGUCACAGACAAUAAUCAGCUUGCUUCAAAUUAUCAUUCCCAACCAGGAUGGGGUGAUGAUAUGGCAACAUUUGAGAUGACAAUUGUUGCAAACAACUUGCAUGGAGAUUACCAGCUUGCUAAUGGGUAUGGACCUGCACAGGCAAAAGUGGUCUUGACUGAACACCGGAAGAGCUUUGUUACUGGAAAAGAUUUCUAUUUCCUCUCGCGAAACAGCAUAAAUGCAGUCAGGAUUCCAGUUGGAUGGUGGAUUGCAUAUGACCCUGAUCCGCCUGCUCCAUUUAUUGGUGGUUCCCUGGAUACCCUUGAUAGAGCAUUCUACUGGGCACAGGUUUAUGGCUUGAAGUGCAUCAUUGACCUUCAUGCGGCUCCUGGAUCUCAAAAUGGAAUGGAGCACAGUGCUAGCAGGGAUGGUUCAGUAGAUUGGCCUUCAGCUGCUAACAUAAAGAAAACAUUGGAGGUGAUUAAUUUUCUAGCUCAAAGGUAUGCAGAUAAUCCCUCUCUCUUAGGUAUUGAGCUUUUGAAUGAGCCGUCUGCGGAUGGAGUCCCACUAGGUACUCUAGUGUCGUAUUACAAAGCAGGCUACAAAAUUGUACGAAGUUACUCGGAGACAGCUUAUGUUAUAUUCUGCCAGAGGAUAGGGAAUGCAGAUCCAGUGGAGCUUUAUCAGGCUGAUCUCGGUCCAACUAACACUGUUGUGGACUUGCAUUACUACAACCUUUUUGAUCCGUAUUUUGAGAAACUUAAUGCAACAGAGAACAUACGGUUCAUUUACAAGGACAGACUGCCUCAAGUGCAGGCCUUGAGUGGCGCAAAUGGACCUCUUGUUUUCAUCGGAGAGUGGGUAAAUGAAUGGAAUGUCGCAAACGCUUCGCAAGCUCAAUACCAGUUAUUUGGAAAAGCUCAAUUGGAGGUCUUUGGAGAAGCCUCCUUUGGCUGGUCUUAUUGGACAGUCAGGUGCAACAGUGUGCACUGGGAUUAUGAAUGGAACAUAAGGAAUAGGUAUCUUGCUGGCGGUUCACCGUUAGAAAGCCCAAAUUACAUGAUGCUUGUGGCAGGAUGCGUCCUGUAUAUUUUGUCUAUAUUUGCAUGAUACAAUGAAACUUGGCCCAAAAAAUAGUCCAAUACGCAUUUCAAAUAAGUCUGAUAUGUUCUCUCUAAUUUUGAGGGGUCUGUUCAUUCACAAAAGUUGAUGUAAAGAGCUCCCAAAUGUACAUGAAGUUUGUUUUUUCAAACUUAUGUGCAUCGUCCAUUUUUCACCCAACUCGGGCAAAUUGAGAAAAUAGAGUGGAGCUGGCGCAGCCUUUGCUGAACGCCUGAACCUC